AUCACUUCAUCACUACCCACCAUUUCCAAUCUCCAUGGCAGCAACAUGGGAGGAGAGCGUGACGAGCUCCAUCAACACCAUCUACCUUCUCUUCUCUGCCUACCUCGUCUUCGUCAUGCAGCUCGGGUUUGCCAUGCUCUGCGCGGGCUCUGUUCGAGCCAAGAAUGCCAUGAACAUAAUGCUCACCAAUGUUGUUGAUGCCGUGGUAGGCAGCCUCUCUUUCUAUCUCUUUGGCUUUGCAUUCGCAUUCGGAGAAAGCACCAAUUCCAAUCCUUUCAUUGGUACCAAUUUCUUUGCUCUUAAGGACAUUCCUAGUAGCUCAACUUAUGACUACAGCUUCUUCCUUUUCCAAUGGGCAUUUGCUAUUGCUGUUGCUGGUAUAACAAGUGGUUCCAUAGCUGAGAGAACCCAAUUCAGUGCUUACCUGGUCUUCUCUUGUUUUCUGUCUGGGUUUGUGUACCCUGUGGUGGUUCACUGGGUUUGGUCAUCAAGUGGCUGGCUCAAUCCUAGUUCAACUAGUUUCUUGCUGUUUGGUUCUGGUUCUAUUGACUUUGCUGGAAGUGGUGUGGUUCAUUUGGUAGGUGGGAUUGCUGGGCUUUGGGGCUCUUUAAUCGAAGGCCCAAGAGUUGGCCGGUUCGAUGCAUUUGGGAAGGCCAUUCCAAUCCGAGGCCAUAAUGCGACCCUUGUAGUGCUCGGGACAUUCCUAUUGUGGUUCGGAUGGUUUGGGUUUAAUCCCGGCUCUUUUAAUAAGAUUCUUGUGGCCUAUCCGGACACAACCGAUGAAGGAAAUUGGACCGCAGUGGGUCGAACGGCAGUUGUUACCACACUAGCCGGGUCUACCGCCGGAAUCGUAACUCUUUUUGGCCGGCGGUUACUAGUGGGCCAUUGGGAUGCGUUAGAUGUUUGCAAUGGAGUGCUCGGUGGGUUUGUUGCCAUAACGUCCGGAUGUGCGGUGGUCGAGCCGUGGGCUGCAGUCGUAUGUGGAUUCUUUGCCGCAUGGGUCUUAAUUGGACUGAAUAUCUUGGCCCUCAAGCUGCAAUAUGACGACCCACUAGAGGCGACCCAAUUACACGGCGGAUGUGGCGCUUGGGGUCUGAUAUUUACAGGGUUGUUUGCAAAGGAGGAAUUUGUAGUCCAAGCCUACGAUUCGGGUGUGAUUGGUACAUCAAGGCCUUAUGGACUGUUUAUGGGUGGGGGCUGGGGUCUACUGGGUGCCCAAGUGGUUGAAGCUUUGGUGAUUAUUGGCUGGGUUAGCUUGACAAUGGGUCCUCUAUUCUUCAUCCUCCACAAGCUUAACGUUCUAAGGAUCUCUGUAGAUGAUGAAAUUGCAGGUCUUGAUGUCUCCAGCCAUGGAGGCCAUGCCUAUAUCCAUACAGAUGAGAACCAGCCUCGUUUCUAUGCAGACUACGUCCGUGUGCAUGACGAGUCAUGAACUCAUGAUCCAACACCACUGGUUCUUCUCAAUUCUUAUGUACAAGCUUUCCAAAUAUGCCAUAUUCAUUCAUCCUUCUUAAUAGCAAUGCAACAUUUGCAUUUUCAAGUUAUCAUGACUAAAACAAAAUAAUUUCCU